UUAAAUAUGACACUUGACACUAAUAGGUAUAAAAGUGACAGUUCAUUAUUUUAAAUUACUAGUUUCAUAGUAUUUUGCGUAUUUUUAUAAAUAUCUGAUGACAAUGAAUUCUUUAUAUCGUUCAAAAAAUAUCAACACUUGCUCAUUGUUAUUAAAAAGAUAUUUAAGUGUUACUCAAUCUCGAUUCGCAUCUUUUAAAGUACAGGAUGACAAAGAUUUUUUGGAAAAAGUAGAAAAAAGUAAAGAUCCAAUUAUUGUGGAUUUUUUCGCAAAUUGGUGUGGACCGUGUAAAGCACUAGAGCCAAGAUUGCAAAACGUGAUUGCGCAAAAGAAAGGUUUAAUAUCUCUCGCUAAAGUCGACAUAGACGAUUUAGGAGAAUUAGCUGCCAAAUAUCAGGUAAGCACUAUUCCAGCUUUGGUUAUCUUUCAAGAUGGAAAAGUUAAAGAAAGAUUGGUUGGAUUGCAAGAUGAAGAUAAAUUAAACACAUGGAUAGAUAAUGUCCUCAAAAAAUGAACAUGGUACCCAGAGAAUUUUU